AAGCAACUCAUUAACGCCAUACAGGGUAUAGAAAAUUACCCCGAUCCUAAAAUGCGUUUACCACUAUCGUGCUGCAACUUCCACAAAUUGAAGGCAUGUAUACUGGGUAACGUUGCCCGCGAGGGUGCGCCCCUGUGUACCGAAAGUGUGUAUAAGGAGAACAUAAAUCUAGCGGACGGUUAUGCCACCGAUGGACUGAACUUGAUUUGCAGCGACUAUACGGAGGACUCGGAUAAAUGUGCCAAACUCAUAAUCAAAACACCGAAAAAGUUACCACAUCAAAAAACACCCAAAUCUAUACUACCACCAUUUUUUAAUAUAAUGAACUCCAUGCCGCAUUAAUGUAACGUGGCAAUUUGUACAUGUUGAAUUAAUUGAAUAUCAUUCCUAAU